GGUGGUCGAUUCGUACCUGUCGUCUCGCGCGGUUACCCUUAGAGAUUAUGUACACUAAUGGCGGGCGAGCCUAGGACGUAUCGACACCGCCAGUGAGCUUUCCUAAAUGUGUAUGCACUAGGGCUUUGGAGGGAAAGAAAUGUUGUUCCCAAUUGGAGGGGGUACACCGUGAAAUGUUCCACAGAUUGUGACAUAUGUGGAUAUAGUCAGGUUGUACAUCUCAGAUUUGAUAUUGCAGACGGAUUUUAAAAUCUAGAUUUUUUAACUGUGUGUAUAUGUCUUCACAUUUAUUUCAACUGACAUUUAAACCUCCAGUUUAAAGGAUCUUAAAAUGGCCAGUGGAGUUGCAGCAGUCCCUCGGGUCCCUGGAUCACCCCAUAAGGGGAUGAAGACCCCUAAUCUACCCGUCAUUGAGCACCCAAUGUCAAAAUUAGGGAACAAGGGUGAUCUCAACAUUCGAGGAUCGUCUAGCAUGGGACCUAGAAAGGACAACACACAUGGUCUUAAUUUAGAUUUUGGUCCAAAAAUUAGCGCUAAUGGUCCCGGUGCUCCCGGCAGCAGAGGCAGAGACACCGGGAAUCCCUCCCUCUACAAAAGUGCCCCAGACAGGAUAAUACAGUGGCCCCCAGUAUGUGACUACACGGCGCCCUUUACGUACCGUCGCUCUGCCGCCGAAAGGGCGGGCCUGAUCCCUCAGAGCCACAAAGAGGAAAUAAGUAAACGGAUGACUGACGUCAUUCUUCCUCCCAUUGAAAAUCUUGGGGAGGACGAUUAUGGCAACAGCAAGCCUUCGUUCAAACUCCCAUCUCUCGACCAAAUUAUGGACUUGGUGGAAGAUAGAUCAAAAGAGGGUCGUGGAAACUUUGAAGGGAAGCGAUGGACACAUCGUCCUUACGGCUUAGGAUCAAACCACACUGAUCACGUCAUUGGCCCGAAGGCUGCCACAGCGCGGAUGAAGAAGUCCGAUCAUUCAAGCUCAAACUCAAGAAGCCAGUUUGAGGUGGCACACAUGGUCAAAGAGAAACUAAGUACAGGACCGAACAGCCUCCGACAUCUGUUCAGAUCAAAUGACCCCACUGGUCAAGGCAACGUCACGAAAGAGGCAUUGCUUCGAAUUAUCUAUAAUGUGUGUGGGUACAUAUCUACAGACCAAUUCAACAAAUUCCUUAAAAAAAUUGGUCUGGAAGGGCGGGAACCUAUAUCAUUUGAUUUAUUUGUGAGCUGUUUCAAAGAAAAUGAUGCUGUAAAGAAGGAGUGGGUCAGUCCAGUCCAGAGAGCUUUGGCAGACAGGGGAAAUCGAAAGAAACAUCCCGAGGAGAAUUUGAAGAACACAGACAUACUUGUGGAAGAUCCGUACUUCUCAGCGCCUUACUCCGACGAUAUGUUCAAACAGAAAAUCAAAACAGUAGAUGACGCCAGGUUGGUGUUCCCUGCGGCAUGUUUUGAACCCAAUGGGAUGAUAGUGCCACCACAACUCCGCGAAGCCUAUGCACAGCUCGGUAUUUAUAUGAUUGACCGGGAUUUCGAUACACUGUGGCAAAGGUAUGACAAAGAGGGCAUAGGAGCCAUUUUUACGCAUAGAUUUUUCAAACGGGUCGGAAUUGAUACCGGGCGACCGAAAUCGUUAACAGCACGGGAUUUACCUAUGCGCCACCAGAAACUCAAAGAGGAAGUGAAGUCGCGACCUCGUUCUGAGGCAAUGGCUUUAAAUCCCAAAAAUGGAGUACAUCCUGUGAUGGAAACUAACGAACCUCAGGACAAACCGGCAGCUGCCGAAAAUAAAAUGAAUGUAGAAGUGUUUAUGACUACAGAAAUACAAGACCAGGGGUCAAUACGUACAGAUAAUGUUGAUACUACUACACAAAAAGACGACAAGGGAGCGGAGAGUGCUCCGGACAAAUCACCAAAGGAGGGAAAGACAAGAGAAACUCCAGUAGGAACGCCGCAAUCUACUGUCAGGAUCCCGAAACGGAGGAAAAGUGUUAAGCUGGAUAAUGUUGUGGACUGCCUUCAUUACAGGUUUGAGGAGUCCUACAAUGCUCUGUUGACGGCUUGUCAGCUGUUUGACUACCUUAGUGACAACUAUAUAUCACGGAUUGACUUCCGGAGGUGCUUACAGGAGUUCGGCUUCAACGUCACUGUCACUGAACUCGACAACUUCCUCGCAAGAAUCGGAAUUCGUUCUGUCCGCGGACAACUCAACUACAAAGAAUUCCUGACAAAGUUCCAGAGUAAAGCAGAGAAUAGUAUUACAAGUCGAACGGUUUCAAGCCAGUAUCACAUGUUCCAGACAGAUACACUUCCUGGGUCAAAAGAAGGACUGUCAGCGGUGGAAUUAGAGGCCAAAUUGGUGGAGUACUUUCAUGGGGACUUCAUUAAACUCAUCUCCUACUUCAGAACAUGUGACAAGUACAGCCUUGGCGUGAUUACGGCGCACGAGUUCCGAUGUGGGAUAGAGCGGAGACUUGGAUACCAGAUUUCUGAGAAACAGUGGGAACAGCUCCAGUCAGACGUAGGGAAGGAUGGGGAUGGACUCAUACCCUACCACAAGUUCCUUCAAAUGUUUGAUAUCAUACCCGGUUCGUGGAACAGGAAAACAGAGGAUGGUGUGGCCGUCGUCCAAGUAAGUGGAAGUGAUAUGAAUCAAGUUCCAGAACUGGACAAACUCCGGGAGAAGGCCAAGACACACAUGGUACCACAUGAGGCGGAAAAACCAAAAUCAGAUGUCAGAACCGUAGAAGAUAUUCAACUCCUGAUAGAGGAUCUGUUUCAAAACAAAUUCCAUACGUUUGACAAGCAUUUCAAGGAGAUGGACAGAAAGAUGAUGGGACGAAUGAGUAAAUGGCAAUUCGGUGCUCUAUUAAAACUCUGUGGUUUGACACUAACUCAACCAGAAAUGGACAAAAUGUGGCUUUCACUAAACGUGGCUGAAGACGGCAUGUACAGCUAUAACUCCCUCCUCAAGAACUUCGUAAACUUCAAGUCAUCCACUGCCGAAAAGAAAGAGACGGUCAUGCAAAGCGACAACACUAAAGAACUGAUAGAGGAGGCAAAGAGGGUACAAAGGGAACGACGAGAGAAGAGGAGAGCAAAACUUCAGGAGAAACCAAAACCUCAGUCUCGUGGUCCGCCAUCACGAACAGCGUCCGCCGCCAGCUUCCCAGCUCCCCCACCGUCAGCACCAGCGUCCAUUAUGUCAACAAGGAGUGUUCGCACGAAGGAGCUACUGGUUCAGGUCAAAGAAAAUGUUAUCAGUAACUGGGAUGGACUCAAAUCCGUUUUUAAGUUCAUCGAUCGAAAUGGAUUUGCCACUAUUACCACGAAAGAAAUGCUGGACAUCAUGGAUAGCAUGAACUUUGCCUUGACUGCGGAUGAAAAGAAAGAAUUAUGCCAGCGCUUUGACCUUCAUCGAAACGGAAGAUUCCACUAUCUAGAAUUUAUGAAAUGCUAUUCACAGAGACCAGAAACUUCCGAAAAGUCCAAAUCAUUUGUGUACGACAAACAUACAUACACACUCUCACAAAAGCAAAGGGACGGAACGACCAUUACUGUGGCUAGAGUUCUCAGUUACAUGAGAGAAAAGUUGAUUCAUGAACACCAGAAUCUCCGAAGAGCGUUUAAAAAACUCGACAUCAGCAAGAACGGACUUAUUUCCGUAGGAGAAUUCCGGCGGGCUCUGAAAUCGAAUAAUGUGGAACUCUCCAACGAAGAUUUCUAUCACGUGAUGAAGGAAUUCGACCCUCGAUUGACUGGAAAGAUAUCAUACGAAAAUUUUCUCGGAACCCUCAUUAACACAUAGACUUACUAUAAACUUUUGAAUAUUAUAAUUGUUUAUAAAAAAAACCUAAAUUUUAUGAAUAUAUACUCAAACAGGUUACGUGAACGGUAGAUUUCAGAUUUAUCAUUUAAAGAAGGCAUUUGUAAUAUCUAUAUUUGGAAUCUUUGUGCGUUAUAUUCUGGAUAAACACCGUAUAUUUACAGUAUCUUAUACAAGGACACUAUCAAAUAUAUAACAUACUGUGUUUGAUAUAUUCAAAUGGUUUUGGUAAGCAAAAUUUAUUAUAGUUAAAAUAAUUAGAUAUAAUCAUAUAUUUGUUUGAGAUACUCGUUCUACUAUUUCUAGGUUAAUUAUAUAUACCAUAUAGUGCUGAACUCAAAUAAUGCGGCUUUUUAGCUCUAUUUUUGUACAUUGUUUAUAAGUGAAUAUAUUCCAUACAUUCAGUCUAACCUUAGUGCAGUAAGGACCCGCAAAUAUAUAGACAUGUUGCAGUUACUAGUUAAGGUACAAAUUAACCCAACGUCACAAUACAUUAUCUUAUCAUUUGCCCUGUCAAUUCAAACUUUGAAAUAGAGGAAACCAUUAUCUUAAGGAACCAUUAAUAUAGUAUUUUUUUAUUGUUUUAAUAUGCCAGCCUAUAUUUUUAGCAUUUUUUUUUUUAAUUUUCGAUACAUUUUAUUGUCUUAUUUUUUAUUUAACAAAUGUGCCUUAUACACUCCGAUACUAUAUUAAUAGAGUUUUCUUCUGGAUUAUUAACAAAUAGAUACGCUUAUUAGAAUACAACACGACACUAUAAUCGAAAACAGAAUUGAGCGCAUGCGUUAACGGAACAGUAUGCGAUCAUUACAACCGGAAUAAGUAUAAAGACAUCUGACAUGCGUUAGUGCAUAUUUUGAAACAUAUUUCACAUCACCUAAGUCAUGGUUUUCUAAUUUAUUAUUGAAGCUUAUCUGUGAUAGCUGUGUCAUUGUAUUUGUUAAAAGUUAUAUUUUAUGUUUAAAAUGUGUAACAGUAUACUGAUUUAUACACUUAGAUUUAAUAACAGAGUUGUUAUUAUGCUCAAGUAUAGAGUCCAUAUAUCGGUAUUCGAAGGUUUUCAUAACAUUCGACAUAGAAAACAAAAUAAGGAGAUAUCAUAAAGUAUUACAAGGAAACUAAUAAUAGAAAGAGUAUAACAAAUUAAAGCAUACUGACGUCCAUUCUCCUCACCCCUCUUUAGUAAGCUAAUAACAAUGUUAUUUUACUUUUACAUAUACAGCUGUAAAAUAUGAUUUUACAAAAUGAUUAUGAAAUAACCUUAAAAUAUGAAUUUCAUUUUAAUAUUAAAAUCCGUUAAAAAUGAU